AUGACGGCGGCUGUCUCACUCUCGCUUCGGCGCCAAUGGCGCUUGUCUCUCGCUAUUGCAUGUCUCUUUCCAAUCCUGUCCUCAGCGAGUCCGUGGAUUGUUACUGCGAAUUACGAAGCAGUUGUCACCGUUAUACCCGGCUAUACCGAUAGGUAUGGCACAGAACCUGCGGAAACCUACUCUGAUAUUAUGACCAUUACAUCUCCGACUGGGUCUCCCAUAUCGACGUCCACCAUCACCGAGACCGAUUAUUACUCGGACACUUAUACCAUAGUCGAAGUCUUGUAUCCAUACAAUCCUACCCCAACUUUAACCGGUGCAGCGUACGCAACGGCCACUACCGAUGAUUACGCCUACGUCUACACGAGCUACCGAGUGAAUCUCGUUUACACUGCACCGACUUCCUGCAGCACGACGUGGACCUAUACCACAGCAGUGCCAGUUGAUCCGCCUUAUCAAAUUGAACAUGCACUCGUGCCAACUAGUGUCUCUACAAGCUACUCGGUGAACAACCGAACUCCAUUUAAACCAACCACCAUCACCGAAGCGUACGCCUACAUAGACCCAACCCAAGUGCCUACUUCCAGCUUGUCUGUACUGCGCUACAACUACGCCCCGUAUCCAUCAUGCUACAACCCAUCUUCAGAUCACAGUACUUCCGGAGACUCGUCAUCCUCGUCAUCUUCAUCUUCAUCUUCAUCAUCUUCCGGUAUCUACUCUUGCGGUUAUUAUUACUGUAGUUCAGAUGAUGGCUCCGUUAGUUGGAUCAACGACUCCUAUUACUUCGGCAUCUCCCCAUUGGCGAUAAUCCUAAUCACUGUUCUCGGGUGGUCGCUCAUAAUUUUCGUGGCCGGCCUGUUUGAGAACUACUUUUAUUUCCAACGGUUAAUGAAAGGAUGGCAAGCUCGCCGUGGACUACCAAUCACAUGGUGGUUUUGGAUUUUUCCAAUAACUACUCUCCUUUGUCUAGGGUUCAGUCGGAGGGGAUUUCAGGCACGGAAUGAAGAAGACGCUCGGGAAUUGCGACAAAAGUGGGAAGAGAUGGGUUUCUGGAAGAGAAAGACACUGUGGUUACGGUACGGAUUCACCUGGGGCUAUCCGUCAAUACUUGGUCCUGCUCCUCCACGAGUUGGAAGACCAUCGAACGCGAGGCCGACACAACCUCUGCUUCAAGUGUCACCCCCUGCUAGUGAAACAGGAGAAGUCAGCCGUCAACCAACACCACGAACAUCGGAUGGCGAUGGCGACGUCGAAUCUGCUGCCGUAACGGCAUCUACUCCCCAUCAGAGUCAACCGGCGAUGUCUGGUGGACUACCAUCUCAGACGCUACAGGUACCUCCUCCCAUGCCGACAAGGCCACAACGAGUUCCAGAUCAGUCUGUGGAGCCGAUUCCUGAACAAGAUGAGAUAACCUCUACUGGAGAGCGACGAAAUGGAGAAGCGGUCGCUGAGAAGCCAGUCUCGGACAAAGAAGAAUCUACGACGUCCUAA